CCGUAAAAGAGACAAUCGAUACGUCGGCGUAGACACAGUGGGAGGGACUUCUCCUCUCUGAGAUGUGUCUGUCACACGGCGCUGCUUUGCCACCAUCCACACUGUGUAAAACGUUAGACGUGUCAAUGGAUCCUAAACGGUGUGCUUCAGCUUUUUAAGGUCUACUGCCAACUGAGCAUUUUCCACCCAAGCUCAAAUCCCCUUUUCAGAAGAUUAAGGGGCAAGCUGGUCCCAGUCUUCCUUCCUCUUUUUGUACGCUGAUGUAUUGUGGAGUACUGACAACGUUUCUACCCCCCCUUUAGAAGCUGGGGAGGUGAACGGGGCUGGAAUGCAACGGGAUUACAACCUGACCUCAACUCGGCCCGCCGGACCACGCGUUUGCUGCCGCCCCGCCAUGCCUGUGAGGUUAUAAUGUCUUCGCUGCAGCACGUUAUUCUACAGGAAAAGGACCAGGACGUUGAGAAGAAGUUGGACUGGAGUUACAUCGAGUGGGCCGAAAAUGAAGUCGUCCCCACCGGUGUGGCGAACGCGGAGACGCAGACGGACCGGGGCCCAUUUCAGCACAAGGAGUGUCAGACCAGCAACCCGGUCAUAAUGCACAUAGACCUCACGCGGACGCACUCCAAGCUGAGACAUUUGUCCCUGGGGGACACCGACGCACUGGUGGCCCCCUUCGUCAAGUUUGACCGGCAGGCCCCGGCCCGUAUCUCCACGUCCCCCACCUUGAGGAGAAUGAGGAGCACCAGACGUCCCGCGAUGGACAAUCGGGAUCUCGUCAUGAUGGGCGUCACUCCGGAGGAGCCUUCCUGCGGGAGCGCUGCGUCCCCAACGAAGACCCCGUCCCCGGCACACAGAGUGAAGUCUCCUCUCGCGGCGAGCCCCCUCUCCUAUGGAGAGAUCUGUCCCGAUCAUCAGCCCGUCUCCUCGUCCGGCCGACAGAGGACCCCGUCGUGGAGAUCAAAGACUUUCGACAACGGUAUCACUUCCACGGGACAGGAAUGUCACAGCGCUCAUCCUGCGCUCACUGAGGACUUUGGAUUUCAGGAGAACGAGCAUUGUCUUAAUAGGCUUCAGGAAAGGAGGCGGAGCUCCGUGGUGGUCAGCUUGCCCGGAUUGGAUGUUUCACCGGGAGACCUUUUUGUCUCCAAUGGAGCAGCUGACAGAUUAAAUGGUUCAAACUUCUCUGAUACAAAGAAGUCAAAGUGGCCCUUCUCAAGGCGUGGAACGACUAAAGGGAAGUCCCACACAGGCACAGCGUCAGAUAUUGAGAAAUAUCUCUCUUCGUCACAGAUUCAAGACUGGAGAAACCCUGAUCUUCAGAGGUACAAGGACCUCUCUCUGGCCGAGUUCCUGCAGGACCAGUCUUCCCAGGUCGGCCCUGCCUCCGACCCGCAGGGGUUCAAGAGACAAGAGGCCAUCUGGGAACUCUUCACCAGCGAGUGUGUUUACUUCCUGGAUCAGCUCAUGGUUCUCAAAGAGGUGUUUUCAGCUACACUCACAAACCUGCAGGUGAGGCACUGCCUGGCUGAUGUUGACUCCUGGAGACUGUUUGCAAACCUCAAUGAGCUUUGCCUGGUGAGCUUUGGUUUCCUGAACAACCUCCUCCGCGCCAUCAAGGACACGUUGGAGAUUACGCACGGCGGCGGGUCCACUCUGCCCGAGCUGCUGAGCAAAGCUUUCCAGGAGAGCUUAUGUCACUGCCUGCAGAAGUACUGCCUCAACUACUCCACCGCGCUGCUUUAUCUGGACAGCCUGAAGCCCAGAGAGGACUUUGGAUCCUACGUGAAGUGGUGUGAGAGGAACGAACAGUGCCGGAGGCUGCAGCUGCGCGACCUGUUGGUGGCGCCGUUGCAGAGGCUCACCCGAUACCCUCUGUUGUUGCGUAACAUCGCAAAGAGAUGCCCGAGGGAGGACGAGGCCGCGGGCCUGCAGGUCAUAACGGAGCAGGUGGACACAUCUAUAUGUGAUCUGGAGGGAAAGGUGAAGUGGCUGGACAACUACCAGAAGGUGAAACAGCUGAGAGACGCCUUGGUGUGGCUGCCUGUGUGGGAGAGGGACAAGCGGGCCUUCGUCCCCGAGAAUCUGAAGCAUUUGUUGAAAGCGGUGACUCUGGAGAAUCUCAUCUCUCACAGAAGUCUGCUGCAUGAAGGGAAAGUGAUGCUCUCAGAGAACACAAAGCUGAUCGACGUUUACCUGUUCCUGUUUGACGAAUUCCUGCUGAUCACAAAGAUAAAGAGAAACAAGAAGCGCUCCAUCGGCCCAGAACAGAAUCCUCUCAGGAUGCCACAGAACCUGGAGCUGGAUCAGCUCCUGAAGGACGGAUGCACCUUCGUGGUGCUGGACCAGCCCGUCUCCCUGGACCGAAUCCAGCUCAAGAACAUCGAUCAGCUCAAUGCUUCGGCGUCGGGGCUGCCUCAUUCUUUCAUCAUCAUGCACCAGAACCGCUACCAGCAGUGCAUCGGCGCAUUCAUCCUGCAAGCUGCGUCAGAGGCCGCCAAGCGAGCGUGGAUGUCGACGAUAGAGGGCGCCGUCACGGCGCUGCUGGCCUCCCCGCAGCCUCGGGUCAAGAGCUCCUCCCUGUGGCUGGAGUCCUCGCAGAUAUGAGGAGAGAAAAGCAGCAGGAGCCGUCGGAAAUGUCUCCCGACGCCUUGUAAAUAAAGUGCACUGCCAUCGUUCGUCAGCCGCUGCAAUAGAGCUCAAUAAAUGUCUCAUCAAGUCAAA